CCCAUUGAAACCUCUAUUGCGAGUUUGCGACCGUCCUUUAACUGGCGGGGGGGAGUGAAAUAGAGAUACAGAUGGCUAUGGUUUCUCUUGCUUCUGAGUGAAAGGCUGAUACUUUGAAUUUCGGCUUUCGGGAACGAAGGAAUUAGGGCUUUUAACAAUCGGGACUAGUUGCGUAGCAGAUUCAGCUUCCAAAGUUCCACUUCCCGAGAUCAAUGUAUUAGUCGAAUUCCCGGUGAUGUGUGAAUUUGGUAUUCAAGUUUGCGGCCGGUUGUUUUGAGAGGGGCUUACAUGGAAGGUGGGAGGAGGAUUACGGCGAGUCCUCGACCUUGCUGUGGUCGGAGGAUAGUCGCGAAAAAGAGGCCACAUCGAGGUGGGGGAGUUGACGGGUUUGUCAACAGCGUUAAGAAGCUUCAAAGGCGUGAAAUCAGCUCAAAGCGCGAUCGCGCGUUCAGUAUGAGCGAUGCUCAGGAAAGAUUUCGCAAUAUUCGCUUGCAGGAAGAAUAUGAUACGCACGAUCCAAAAGGUCCUUCUUCAUUGGCACUCCCUUUUUUGAGAAAAAGGUCAAAAAUUAUUGAGAUUGUUGCAGCACGAGACAUUGUUUUUGCUCUUGCACAAUCUGGUGUUUGUGCAGCAUUUAGUCGAGAGACCAAUCAAAGGAUAUGCUUCUUGAAUGUGAGUCCUGAUGAAGUUAUCCGAAGUCUGUUUUAUAAUAAAAACAAUGACUCGCUUAUCACGGUUUCUGUCUACGCUUCAGACAGUUACAGUUCUUUGAAAUGUAGAAGCACAAGGAUUGAAUACAUUAGGAGGGGAAAACCAGAUGCUGGCUUUGCGCUUUUCGAAUCUGAGUCUUUGAAGUGGCCAGGCUUUGUUGAGUUUGACGAUGUAAAUGGGAAAGUACUGACUUAUUCUGCUCAGGAUAGCAUAUACAAGGUGUUUGACCUCAAAAACUAUACAAUGUUGUAUUCCAUUUCCGAUAAAAAUGUCCAAGAGAUUAAGAUCAGUCCGGGGAUCAUGUUACUGAUUUUUGCUAAAGCAAGUAGCCAUGUCCCACUUAAAAUCCUUUCAAUUGAAGAUGGUUCUGUUUUGAAAUCGUUCAACCAUCUCCUUCAUCGGAAUAAGAAAGUGGAUUUCAUUGAACAGUUUAAUGAAAAGCUUCUUGUCAAGCAAGAAAAUGAGAACCUCCAAAUUCUGGAUGUGCGGACUUUUGAGCUAAAAGAAGUUAGCAGAAGUGAAUUUAUGACACCAUCUGCGUUCAUAUUUCUAUACGAGAACCAAUUGUUCUUGACCUUUAGAAAUCGCACUGUGGCUGUAUGGAAUUUCCGUGGACAACAUGUAACUUCUUUUGAGGACCAUUUACUGUGGCAUCCUGACUGCAACACAAAUAAUAUAUAUAUUACCAGUGACCAGGAUCUCAUUAUAUCAUACUGCAAGGCUGAUUCUGACGAUCCAUUGUCUGAAGGAACCGCCGGAUCCAUCAAUGUUAGCAACAUUUUGACUGGCAAGUGUCUGGCUAAAAUCAGAGCUAGCAAUAGCUUUACCAUGGAAAAUGAAUGUGGUUGUGGCGACAGUUGUGCAGGUAGUGGUUGUAGUUCAAAGAAGCGAAAGCAUGUGUCCAGAAUUAGGAGCACAGUCGCUGAAGCCUUGGAGGAUAUUACCGCACUCUUCUAUGACGAAGAGCGCAAUGAGAUCUACACGGGCAACAGACACGGACUGGUUCAUGUUUGGUCUAACUGAUUUAUUAUUGACUUUAUCCUUGUUUUGUUUUUAUCCAUGGCCGAUUUGGUUGCCCUUUCCUGCUGUGAGAACUUUCAGGAGCUGUAACCAAUUGGGGGUUGUUGUAUUAUUCUUUUUCCUUUCGUAGCUGUGCCUUUUGCCUCCGUUUCGGGUGGGUUGUUAUGUAGCUGACGUUAGGUCCGCGCCAAGUGUUGUUGGAGGCUGGUAACUCACCAGACGUUGCUUCUGCUGUAAUCUAUUGUACAUUUUUAUGAAGCAUCUUAAAUGGAUUAAAGUAAAAUAUGAGUACGUUACCGUGUAAA